CCCGUCGUUGUGGAGACGGUUUUUGGGUCCGCCAUCACGAUACAAAUCAACGUCACCAAAACAAUCAACGUAUCAACACCUUCGUUUCCAAACCAGCCAUAACCAUGGGCUUCGAUGGUUUCGACUCAGUAUGCCGCAAGGCACCGCUUCCAAUGUGCUCCUUGGUGGGCCCUCCAUCUUCGAUAUCGGGGUCAACGGGCAUUAUCGCCAACUGCUAUGCGCGGAAUAUCGAACUGGCAAAUACAAUUAUCUUUGAGGGAGCUGCAUCCUUUAUACACAUCAUUGCUCUUGGAAUGACAGUGAUUAUGAUUCUUCAUGUCAGAUCUAAGUUCACCGCUGUCGGCCGUAAAGAGAUCACCACAUUUUUCUAUAUCUACAUGGCCUUGACGGUAUGGUCACUUGUGAUCGAUGCGGGCGUGGUUCCGCCCGGGAGUGAGCCUUUUCCAUAUUUUAUUGCCAUCCAAAAUGGAUUGACAUCCGCGCUGUGUACAUGUUUAGUCGUCAACGGAUUUGUUGGCUUCCAGCUCUACGAAGAUGGAACAGCCCUGUCCGUGUGGCUGAUACGUCUGUCAUCUGUCGCCAUGUUUGCCCUCUCCUUCGUUGUAUCCCUCUUGACCUUCAAGUCUUGGGGAGGGCUGAGUCCGACCAAUACGACUGGUUUGUUCGUGGUGCUUUACAUCCUGAAUGCAAUUUGCAUCGCGGUUUACCUCGUUAUGCAGCUUCUGCUUGUCAUGAACACACUCGAAGAUCGGUGGCCGUUGGGCCAUAUCUCCUUUGGCGUGAUUGUUUUCAUAAUCGGACAGGUGCUUCUUUACGCUUUCAGUGACACCAUCUGUGACAAUGUACAACAUUAUAUGGAUGGACUCUUCUUCGCUACAUUCUGCAAUCUUUUGGCUGUCAUGAUGGUUUACAAGUUUUGGGACUAUAUCACCAAAGAAGACCUUGAAUUCUCCGUUGGCAUUAAGCCUAAUACAUGGGAAGUGAAGGAACCACUCCCUGAUGAUGACCGCCGAACAACUACAUACCAGGAUACGAACUCAGAAUACGCUAGCAGCGUGUACCAUCACCGGGCAUCAAACUACGGCAACCAUAAUUACUAACUUUGUUCCCCAUCCCGCUGUAUAUGAUUUUACCAGAUAUGACGUCUGCUCAUGCUUCUAACAUGUCUCACGAAAGCAUCUUUCCGCUCGGAAAGUUAUGAUGAUAUCCUGAGCUCCAUGCAAUGUUGUUGAUUGUUUAUUCCUUCUUUUUUUUUUC